AGAAAAAAAGAUCUUGUUUCAGUUGAUUUCAUCUUUUGAUUAUAUGGAAAAUGGGCAUUGCCGCGAAAGAGAUCAUCGUAAUAUUAUGGAAAAUUCUUGGAUAUUCGAUGAACAUGAGCAUCAAAUUCAUGAGAAACCACCCAAUAUUGUCAAGGGUUUCAAUGUUUUUACUUGUGCUAUACAUUUUCCUCCCUACUCUCUUGUUCUUCUUGAUUUACUCGUCACCGGUUCUUGCAUGUGCUCUAGUGUAUGCACGAGAAAAGCUAGGAUUAAGAUUCUCAAGUUCGUAUUCAGAGCCAAAGAAGAGUUGUGGUGGAGAAAAGAGAUGUCAUUUAAAACAACAACGAAGUGUCCGACGAAAUGCUCGAAUGAAAGUUGAAGAAUGGGAUUCACAAACAAGCGAGGAAGAGAAAGACAAAGUUAUCUUGACUUCUCUUUACAAUGACCUCCUUGGUCGUACUCCUCAUUUCGAGGAGUCUCCAAAAGCUUUAGAAACCAAUGUAGUAGAGGAAGAAAACAAUGAGAAGGAGUUUCUUGGAGAGGAAGAUUCUCGUGAUUUAGGUCAACUUAACGUUGAAGAACCAAUGGUUUGCAACUGUGAGAUCAAAUAUGGAGAAUCAGAUGGUAAAGAAGAGAUGAAAGAGGAGAUGAGUAAUGUUAAUGAGCAGGGGAUUUCAGAGAUUGAGAGAAAUAAGAGACUAGAGAGCUUAAUAGCUAGAAGAAGAGCGAGGAGACUCUUUAGACUAGCUUUAGAUCAAAGGAAUAAGCUUCAAGCUGAAGAAACAACUAGCCCUAGACAGAACAACACCAACAGCCUUCACGUUACGGUUUCGAGGAACUCACUUGAAAAACGUCGAAAUAAUUCAUCAGAUGGUACUACUGUUAAAGGAUUACCGAUUCCAGGCUCAGCUCCUUCUGUGUUGUUACAAGGAAGAAACCCUUUUGACAUACCUUAUGAUCCUCAAGAAGAAAGACCUAAUCUUACUGGAGAUAGCUUUGAUCAAGAAUUUUCAUUGUUUAAUCAGAAAGAUAUGUUCUUUUGUCGUCAUGAGAGCUUCUGUCGUUUUGCUCUGUUUUCACCAGAACAUGCUCAAUGUAUGAACAGCCCAGUUUCUGCUUCAGACAUUUCAACUACUAGGAAACGUUUAGAUUUGGACAAUGAAUAUAUGGAUCAUACUGAACAAAAUCUCCCAUGUAAUGGAAAGGGAGCUACAAUAGAAGACGACGAUAAAAGCGUUGUGAGUGGAAAAAGCGAAGAAAGGGAGGUAGAAAUGAAUGAUAAUGAGACAGAUUCAAACAAAGAAGAAUGUGAUGAUUCAAGUUGUUCAGAAGAAAGUGAGUCAGAACUCAGCCGUUUAAACAAAGCCGAGCUCAGGGAAGCUAUAUGCCAAUCGAUGGAUAACAAUCCCGGUUAUCUUGUGAACCAAACAAGAAAUAGUAUUCCAACCACAUUGCCUAGAGGUUUAGUAGCGCCAAGACUAGAUGAUAACAACAUGUUUUAUGCUCGAAAAUGCGGAAAUUCGCACAGUCGAACAUUUUCAGUUGCCUCGGAUAUGCAAGUUGAGGUUUCAGAGAUUGGUUCACCUCCUACAACAGUUGAUUGGCUUGAUGACUGGUCUAAUGGCGGUGAAUCUUACAUUUAUGAUACAGAUAUUGACAGAGAAAUCGUCCGCGAUGAAGAAUCACGUAAGAGGAUCUCUCACCAGUAUGAAUCAAGAAGUGGAAUAGGAUCAAAAGAGGAGAAUAAUGAGACAUGGACUAAACCUGAGGCCAAACCAAAUCAGAAUUGUGUGGUAGAUGAAAACCUUAUAACAGUUGAUGAUGAUUUGUCAUUGUUAGAAAGAAGAAGCCAAACCGAAGAGAUUUUUGAGCAGACACCUUCUAGUUCCAAUGAUGUGUCCAAGCCUACAAGCUCUGGGAAAUUUGAAGGUAUGUUGUUCCAUACAAGUGCGUCAUUGUCGUCUAUAACAGAAGAGCCUGAAACAAUCUUGGACUCGAUCGAUGGGGGCAACUCGGAGAAUCUGAAUAAUUUGACUGAAGAACUUACUGACCAGAGACCUCUGACUACUCUGGAUUCAUCCAUGAAGAAAUUGAUUGAUGAAGAAGUGGCUGAUGUGAAACAAGUAGAAAAUGAUGAUCUUUGUGGAUCUCCUAAGAUUAUUGAUUUAGAUAUCAUUGAUCAUCAGCAGAAAGACCAAAUGCUGAGUAGCAUUCAAGGAGAACAUGGGGAAACUAAGAGCUUUUUGGAUGCUUCUUUGGACACAUCCUAUAUAGAAUCAUUUGAGAGAGAGUUAGAAGGAGAAGAAGAAUCAAACUUAGACAAGCUUACUAAGGAAACAACAAAACAAACAGAAAAUGAGGUACAUCAAAGUGAUUUAGAGAGUUCUCCAUGCCAAGUUCUUACAGAAUUACUAGUAAGUGAGAUUAUGGAAGAGAAUGGUCAGGAAUUAGAAGAAGAAGAGAAACCAAGGUCAGUAGAAGAAGAGAAAACUCAUAAUGUGGUGGAAGAAUCUUCGAGCCAUGCUCAUACACAGUUGGUUGAAGAUUAUGGAAACGAAGAAAAUGCUAGUGAUGUGAUACUUCUGCAAGUUCAAGAUAGUAAUAACUCACCACUAGAUGAGUCAACUGAUCAGGAGGUCUCUAAGGAAGGAGAAAAAACAGAGUUAUUGGAAGAUUUUUACGGUGAAUCUUCUGAAGUAUACAAAAAUAGAGCGAAUGCUGAGGUCUAUGGAAACGCAGAAAACGCUAGUGAUGUGACAUUUCUGCAAGUCCAAGAUGGUAAUUACUCACCACGAGAUGAGUUAUUGAAAGAUUUCUAUGAUGAAUCGUCCCAAGAAUACAAAAAUAGAGCUAAUGUUGAGGAAGAAUCAGUAGUUUUAGCCAACACUCAAAACUCACAAGAUUCACAAACAUGGACUCAACAGUGUGGUAUAGAUUCUUCCCAAGGGAUAUCACCAAGAACGUUGGAGAUCACCCAACAACUAGAGAAAGACGAUGUUAUUGAUCCAAAUGCCAUCUCUCAAGUUAUUGAUACAGAUGAAUUUGCUGCAGUAGCCAACGACGUAGCUGCUAGUGAGAGUCAGGGCCGGCCCAAACUAUUUGAGUGCCUAAAGCAAAAAAUUUUUUGGCCCAUUAACAAAAGCUGUUAUAAAAAAAAAAUACAAGUUUCAACAUGUAUGGGAUUCGAAACCAUGACCUGAAGCCCCUA